CGUACCAAUCACUCCCGGACGUUCCCCAAGAAGCAUUCUUUUUCGUACAGUUACCUUUUCGUGGGUGUACCAGUUGGCAUGCAAGGUCGGAUUGGCAAGGUCUUCUCGGUGGAUAGUGAGCUUCGUGGGUGGUUUGACAUUUGUGCGGCCGACUAUCUGAAUCGGAGCGACGAUCAACAUACUCUCGAGAGUAAGCUGCGUCGAUAUCUGCAUACCAGAGGCGUUACCAGUCGCGAUUAUGCAUUCGCAUAUCUGGUGACGGCACCACGCUUUUUGGGCUAUAGCUUUAAUCCAGUGUCCUUUUGGUACAUAUAUGACUCCAACGCCAGCUUGAAGUAUAUGAUUCUUGAAGUCAACAAUACAUUCGACGAGCGAAGAAUGUACCUACUCAAGUCAGAUGCUACCAUGGCCGACAAGGACCGAAACGGUGAAUCUGGUAACGCGAUGGUCUUCACGGACUCUUGGGAGAAGGACUUCCAUGUAUCGCCGUUCAACAGUCGGAAAGGAUCCUAUUCCCUCCGAGCGAUAGAUCCUUUGGCUGGUUACGAACAAACAGGUCACGUCAGGAUAGACAACACCAUUGUGCUAAAGUCUUCCAAGGAACAUACCAAAAUAGUAGCGCGCGUCUUCUCAGAGGGCACGCCCAAAGAACCAGAAAACAUCACGACUCUGCAACUGGUGAAGUUCAUAUCUGCCUGGUGGUGGGUUGGUCUGGCCACAUCUCCUCGCAUCGUAUGGGAAGCACAGAAGCUAUACUUCCGCCGGAAACUACACGUCUGGUAUAGGCCAGAAGUCGUCCCCACCAGUAUCGGACGCACAUACACCACCGAGGAGGCAGCUCUGGAGGAAAUCUUCCGAGACUUCCUGACGCAAGCUGUCGAGCAUGCCGAGCGUCCGCUGCGAGUCAUCUAUGAGCCCGCUCACCACCAACACGACGAGAUUGUGCUUUACUCGUCCAACUUCACCUACAAAGAAGAUCAUGCGAGCACGCUCACACUAAAAAUUCUCUCACCAGCUUUCUACAGCCGGUUCGUGCAUUAUGCUCACGCGAAAGAGGCUUUCGAUCGCGAAUGCCUCUUCACUGAUGAGAAGAAUCGCACUCUGACCAUCGAUGGAACUCAAGCUCUACCCGAUCUGUUCCACGCCAUGGCACACACCUCUCGAAUCGCAACCACAACUCCCAACGACAUGAGUGCAGUGGAACGUCUCCGCUGGAAAUUCCUCCUCCGAAGACUGCGAUGUCCACCCGCUGUAGCGAGCUAUUCAGAACGUCCCCGAAGAGCUUCUGAGCAGCAGCAGCAGCAGCAGUACAAAGUCCACGACAUCCGCUCGUUCCACUUCUCCGAAAUGGACCAUUACGUGCAACAUACCCAUCAUCGAGAAACAUACCGAAGAAUCCUCGUGAGAUUAUUCCUCGCCGAGCGAUUCGCCAUGGGCAUACCACUUCUCAUCUCACUGGGUGAUGGUAUCCUCCGA